CGCCGCUUUAGAAGUGGUUGCCGAGCAACGGCCCGGGGACUUCCGCUUGACGGAUUCCGCUGUGUGUUGAGUGUGAGGCCCGGUCUUCACCAUGAAUAAAGAUGCUCAGAUGAGAGCUGUGAUCAACCAAAAACUUAUCGAAACUGGGGAGAGGGAGCGCCUUAAAGACCUUUUGAGAGCAAAACUCAUUGAGUGCGGAUGGAGAGACCAGCUGAAGGCUCACUGCAAAGAUGUGAUAAAUGAGAAGGGACUCGAACACGUCACCGUCGACGAUCUGGUUUCAGAAAUUACUCCAAAAGGCAGAGCCCUGGUGCCUGACAGUGUGAAGAAGGAGCUGUUACAGAGGAUAAGGGCUUUCCUUGCGCAGCAUGCCAGUCUUUAACUUCAUUUGCCUAUAUUUUUUUAUUAUUUGAUACGUGUCUAUUGCACAAUUCGUUCUCCAUUUUCAAGUUGUUUUUUAUUACAUAAUUUGUAGCGUGUUUUAACCAAAUAAAAUCAUGCCAAAUGAAUGUGC